AUGUUCUCCCGCCGUUCUAAUACACCAGAGGACGAACGUCAGUCCCCAACCAACGGCGCCCGCUCAACUGGAUUUUUUGGACGUCGUCGCUCCUCGUCUUCGGAGAAGGACCACGGUCAUGCCAGGAAAGACCCGUCUGUCAUUGCGGCUCGUCAGAAAGUCACGGAAGCCGAGGCGGCCGAGCGUGAGGCGGACAGGGCUCUCAUGCAGGCUCGCGCCGCGGUACGCGGUGCCAGGGAGCACGUGAAGAAUAUUGAGAGAGAAGCAUCGGAAGAUGCGAAGCGGGCGAAAGCCAAACAGUUUGAGGCCAAGAACAUCAGCAAGAGUGCGCGAUCUUUGGGUCGACACGGUUAA